AUGGCUGCGGCCAACAUCAACGAUGGCAUCCACGCCCACGGCAGUGGCCCCAACGCUUCUACUAUUUCUACUACUCUGCCCUCACCCAACCGCAUUCCUCCCAGGACCUCUUCUACCAACUACACAUACAACGCACUUGCACCCCCUGCCAGGUCCGUUCUUCGACCUGUUCUAGAGUCCGACUGGUUAGCACAAAGUACUCAUACUCACAGUCAUUCUCAUCCUCAUUCUGAUACUCACGCUCAUACACAUCGUGAUAACCCUUCCACCUCGCAUCUUACCCAACAGCACUAUUCUGACACCAUGACGUCUGCCGACUUUCGGGAUCCCUCGCGGUAUGCGACAGAGGAUUUCGACUACCUCGCACGCAAGACGUGGUCUGAGAAGAAGGAGAAGGUCGUCCUGGCUCCUUUCAACUACCUGCUGAGCCAGCCAGGGAAGGACAUUCGUUCCAAGCUCAUCAGCGCCUUCAACACCUGGCUUAACGUGCCCAAAGAAACACUUGAUAUCAUUUCCAAUGUGGUAGCUAUGCUCCACACGGCGUCAUUGCUCAUUGACGAUGUCGAGGACAAUUCUGAGCUGCGGCGAGGGCUACCCGUAGCGCAACACCUGUAUGGCGUAGCACAGACCAUCAACUCCGCCAACUGUGUAUAUUUCCAUGCGCUUCGGGAACUUUCGAAACUCAACAAUCCAAUGGCCACGGCCAUCUUCUGGGAAGAGUUGAUCAACCUCCAUCGCGGGCAAGGGAUGGAUCUGUACUGGCGAGACUGUUGUAUAUGCCCUUCCGAGGACGAGUAUCUGGAAAUGGUGGGCAACAAAACAGGUGGACUUUUCCGACUAGGCAUCAAACUUAUGCAGGCUGAGUCCAAGGUUAAGAUUGACUGCGUGCCACUAGUCAACAUACUGGGCAUCAUAUUCCAGAUUCAAGACGAUUACCGUAAUCUAAUGAGCACCGAAUAUGAAGGAAACAAAGGCUAUUGUGAAGAUUUGACAGAGGGCAAAUUCUCAUUUCUCAUCAUUCACAGCAUACGUGCCGAUCCACUUGAUCAGCGUCUCAGCAACAUAUUGAGGCAGAAAACGACGAGCCACACGGUCAAGAAGUACGCUGUGGAUUACAUGAAAAGUACCGGUAGCUUCGAGUAUACCAAGAAGGUCCUCGAGGUACUCAUCGAGCGGGCAAAAAAGACCGCGGACGAGCUAAGCAGCGAUGGACAGAAGAAUAAUGAGAUCUAUGAAAUAUUAGAUAAGCUCACAGUAUAA